AUUGUCCCACUGACAGCAGUCAGAAAAAAAGCAAAGAGAGCAGCAGGAAGCACACAAGCUCUGUCCACCUCAGAUUAGGGAUUUUUAAUCUUUGAAUGCAGAUGAACAAAACCUGCUGGGACCUCAGCUCGCUGCUCCUCCACUUUCUCCCUUCGGAGAAGAGCCGCGUUUUCUCAGUUGCCCCCAGACCACCCCUUCGGAGCCCAGCAUGUGUGGAGGCCUGAUGGAGAGGUAUGUGGCUGCCAUGUUGCUGAGCGCAGCUGGAGACGCGUUGGGGUUCUUCAACAGGAAGUGGGAAUUCCUGCGGGAUGGGGAGAAGAUACACCAGCAGUUGGCGGAGCUGGGCGGCCUGGAUGCCAUAGAUGUGAAGCAGUGGCGCGUCAGUGACGACACGGUGAUGCACCUGGCCACAGCGGAGGCCCUCUUGCAAGCUGGGAAAGCACCCAGCUUGGCUCGGCUCUACUCGCUUUUUGCUAAGCAUUACCAGGACUGCAUGGAAGACAUGGCUGGUCGGGCACCAGGGGAUACCUCAGUGCACAACAGCAUGAGGCUGGAGCCGGACAAGGCCAAUGGCUGGAGGAUUCCCUUUAACACCCAUGAAGGUGGCUGCGGGGCUGCCAUGCGGGCCAUGUGCAUUGGUCUCAGGUUUCCUCACCUCAGCCAGCUGGACACACUGAUCCACGUGAGCAUUGAGAGCGGCCGAAUGACCCAUCACCACCCUACAGGCUACCUGGGGGCCCUCGCGUCUGCUCUUUUCACAGCCUACGCUGUGAAUGGCAGGCCGCCCUGGGAAUGGGGCAAAGGGCUGAUGGAGGUCCUGCCGGCAGCUAAAGAUUACAUCGUCCAAUCAGGCUACUUCGUGGAGGAGAACCUUGAACACUGGUCCUACUUCCAAGAUCAGUGGGAAAAGUACCUGAAACUUAGAGGAAUUUUGGAUGGCAAGUCAGCCCCUGUCUUCCCACAAGCUUUUGAUGUGAAGGAGAGGGAUCAGUUCUACACCUCCCUGAGCUACUCUGGCUGGGGCGGCAGCAGUGGGCACGAUGCCCCUAUGAUUGCCUACGAUGCCAUACUUGCUGCCGGGGACUCAUGGAAGAAGCUUGCCCACCAUGCCUUUUUCCACGGUGGGGACAGUGACUCUACCGCAGCCAUUGCCGGGUGCUGGUGGGGGGCUAUGCAUGGCUUUAAAGGAGUGAGUCCUUCCAACUAUGAGAAGCUGGAAUAUAGAGAGCGGCUGGAAAAGGCCGCCAGGGCUUUGUACUCUCUUGGGUCCAAUGAAGACGCUGUAAUCAGCCUUUAGGAGACAAGAGGGUGGUUUCUCUUGGUUUCCUCUUCCGUGUAGUCCCUUUUCUACUCAAUCUCAUGGUUAAGCAUCUUACUGUGUGUGGAGGGAAUUUUGGAAUAAAAAGUCCCCCAGGCACCUUGA